AUGCGCGAGCUUCGGUCGAUGUAUAGGGAUCAGUAUUGGCGCCUGCUCGAGGAGUUGCGCAAGAAGCAUCGAAGGUUUGAGUUACGACGCGGACACGGGGGAUCGCGCGACGCCGCGGAGGAGGCCGAGGCCGCGCGCGCGCUCGAAGGGACGACGUCGGUGUGUCAGGAACCUUCGUGCGAGGCGCGGUCGAUGCCGUGCGUGAGUUAUUGCUUCGCGCACGUCGCCCUCGACGAAACGCAAAAGUUGUACGCGCGCGCCGCCGACGGCGCGCCGCGCGAGACGAUGGGGUGA